AUGGGGACUGGGAGGGGCAGGCACUGGAGGAAGCCACCUGUCUGUGUCCAGCAGGCCAGGAACAUCCCAGUGUGGCCUGCUGUUGAUUCCAGCCAGACGCGCUGCCCCCUUGUUAGCUCCUUCAUGCGCCUGGGUGAACGCUCCCCGCUGGCUGCCCUGGACGACUCCGGCGCCGCCUUUCAGAACUGCCUUUCAGACCCGAGGCCGGGCCGCCGGUUCCGGAAGCCCUGGGCCCGGGCCCCCUGCGGCUCUCGGAAACGGCGGGAAUCUAGACACAGUUCCCGGGGCACUCGCAGCCCUGCCCGGUGCACGCCCACGCGUCCUCAGCGGAGGCCCCACACAAACCAAGGCUUCCCGGAACCGAGGGCGACCAAUCCAUGCGCGCCCACAAGGCUAGCCGGCCCGCGGCUCCUCCCCACCAGCGGCCCGCGAGGUCGCCGCACGCUCCGCCUCUACUUCCUAGGUCUCGUCUGGCUGGACAAGCUGCGGGCCCGUCGUCGCGGAGCGGCCAAUGGGGCUCCCGGACGGCACGGUGCCCGCACCUCAUUGGUGAGCGCUGCAUGCCGCGGCAAGCUCCCACUAUAUAAGGCCUCCAGCCCGCCCGGGCUCGCGGUCGUGCGGUAUUGGAGAGCGGGGAGGGAAGGUGCAAGCCGGGAAGACGGCGUGCGUCGUCCUGCAGCGCCUGCAGCCGGCCGGCAGCAGUGUGGGGGCGUCCUGCCCGACCGAUGUCCAGGCCCUGCUGCGGGUGGGUCUCUCGGCUCUCGUCCGUCCUUGCCCUUCCUUGUCUUUGUCCACCUGAAGUACCCGAGCCAGGGGUGGCCAAGAAGGCCAAGGAAAACAUCUCCCCCCUCGCUCACUCCCUUUGUUCCCACCUUGCGUUGGAGGCUUAACAGCCAGGAGCCCUCAGCUGGUGGCAUCUUGGUCCUUCCAGGUGCCUGUGGCCGGGAAUGGCUUGGCACAAGUGAUUCCGGAGCGGGCACUUACUCCAGUCUCGGGCGCGCGGCCCAGUACCGCCGGUGGGGUCCGCCGUGUGCCUGGCUGGGAGAAGAUGGGCGCGUGAGCGCCGGGAAAGGCAGAUCCUGGACCCAAGACUUCCUGAAGCCUUUCUGCAGACCAGUGUGUGUCUCAGCCCCUGGCCAGACGGCUACUUGACUGUUUUCUUGCAGCAGUGGCUCCAUUCUUGGUGUUUGUUCCCCAGCUGCCACUGGUCUGGCUUGUGCUGGAUUUUGCCUUUGUGCCUCGUGGCGGUGUAAUGAACUGUAGUUCGUUGCCGCCAGAA